AGUAUUCUGCUACGAUACAGAAUUCUAUAUUCGAUAAACUGUUAAUUUUACUUAUUAUAUUGUCAUUUUACUUGUAGUUGUGUAUCUAUGACAAUAUCUCAUUUUACACGCACAUGUGCAGUGACAUAUAUGACUGAUCAAAAGUGGAUUGAAGUGUAUUGCAUGUUGUCUUCUGAAGUAUAGAUUUUCCUCCUGCUAACAAAGUGUUAUUAUUGAACUAUUUUCACUAAUCCGUCCUUAUGGCAUCCCCAGCUCCAAAAUCGCCAGAACAAUCUGAAAGAAAUAGGAAAUACGAUAGACAAUUAAGGUACAAUACCCGGUGAAAAGGUUAUUUUGGGGUUAGGUUAUGGGGUGAUCAUGGUCAGGCUGCAUUGGAAGGUGCACACGUUUGUGUCAUAAAUGCUACAGGUCUUGGUACCGAGAUUUUGAAAUCUUUGGUCCUCCCUGGUAUUGGAGCAUUUACAAUUAUAGAUGGUAAAAAAGUUACUAAUGAAGACAUUGGAGCAAAAAGCUGACAGUGUUGGAAAGUCCAGGGCACAGGUAGCAAUGCAAAUGCUUCUAGAAUUAAAUUCAGACGUUAGAGGUGAUUAUAUAGAUGAGGAACCUGAAGAAAUUUUGUAUAAUAGUCCAGACUUUUUCAAUAAUUUUACUGUUGUUGUAGCCACUUCGCUUGUUGAAAAAUCUUUAAUUCUUUUAUCACAAAGGCUUUGGGACCUGAACAUACCAUUAAUAGUAUGCAGAAGUAUAGGGUUCAUUGCAUAUAUGAGGAUUCAAGUGAAAGAGCAUACAGUUAUAGAAACACAUCCAGAUAAUGAAACACCAGAUUUACAUUUAGAUAAACCAUUUGAAACAUUAAAAACCCAUCUGGAUUCAAUCAAUCUUGAAGAAAUGAGCUUUAAAGAUUACACUCAUGUACCAUAUUUAAUUAUAUUAUAUAAAUUUUUACAAAAAUGGAUUACAGAACGAAAAGAAUUACCUAAGACAUAUAAGGAAAAACGUGAAUUUAGGGAAUUAAUGAAGGAAGGCAUGCGAAAACAUGAAAAUGACAUAACAAGUAUCGAAGAAAAUUUUGAUGAAGCCAUUAAAGCCGUAAAUACGUGCAUAGGGCAUACGGAGGUUCCAGAUAGCGUGAAGAAUAUUCUAAAUGAUGACCGGUGUAUUAAUUUGACCGCCAAGAGCAGUUCAUUUUGGAUUAUUGCAAAAGCUAUAAGAGAUUUUUGCGAGAACGAAGGAGCUGGAUUAUUACCAUUGAAAGGUACUUUGCCAGAUAUGACAGCAGAUACUGAGAAGUAUAUAACACUUCAGCAAAUUUACCAUAAACAAGCGGCAUCUGAUGCAGAAGCAGUUUGGCGACGUACGCUUCAGUUAUUGCGGCAAUUGGGCAAACCAUCCGAUUCCAUUUCCGAAAGAGAUGUUAAGUUAUUUUGCAGACACGCUUCAAAUAUAUACGUAGAAAAAGGAACAUGUAUAGCGGAUGAAUACGAUUCUAAAAUUUCCGAUACGUAUAAUAUAGUGCAAAGUUUGGAAAAUCCAGAAAGUAUGAUGAUUUACUACGUUGUGCUCAGGGGAGUUGAAAAGUUUCAAGCAGAAUAUAAUUCGUAUCCUGGUGAAUUUGAUGAUCAAGUGGAACCUGACAUUGUUAAGCUCAAAGCAUGUAUAACCAAAUUAUUGAUUGAAUGGGGAUGUGGGCCAUUAGCAAAAGAUGAUUAUGUGCAUGAGUUUUGUCGAUUUGGUGGAGCCGAAUUACAUUCGGUAUCAGCGUUUUUAGGUGGUCUCGCAGCUCAGGAAGUUAUAAAGUUCGUUACAAAUCAGUAUAAACCAGUUCAUAACACGUUCAUAUACGAUGCAGUAACAUCGAAUUCUGAGACAUUUUUUUUUUAGUUGGUAUGAACUAUUAAAUUAAAAUACUUUUGUAUCUAAUAAAAAACAAAAACAAAAAUACAAUUUUGUAGUUUAACAAGUUCUCCAUAUUCUUGAACUGAUUAUCCUAUUGCCCUUAUUUCGUUUUUGAGAACACGUUUAUGCGUUCGUUAAAAACACAUUAAAACUCAAGUUGAACGAGUAUAAUAUCAACACUUUAAUGUAGCAAUGAACUGAUACACAAGUCAUUUCGUUCUUAUUUAUAAUAAACAACUAUUACUUACAAUAAAUACGUAUAAGGUGGAAAGCAAAUUAAUAUUUCAUAAUACCUUAUGAUCGACGUACGCAAAUAUUAAUAUUUUACCGGUGUUCCACUCUUAAUACAACUUAAUAAAACGGGUUGCGCUUUGAUUUUCGUAUUUCUUCACUUUGUACGUUAACAUCUUAUAUCACGUUACAUUAUUGUUACUUUAUCGAUAUUGAAUUAACUGUAUCCUGAGUAUACUAAUUAACCGUUAACUACGAUUAACAAUACUACAAUAUAAAACUCUGACGCUCUACUUUCACACAAACCACUUCAGUAUCCUGAACAUAUUCAAUAUCCUAUAUACUUAUUAUUUGCAAUGUGACUAUCCCUUGACCAUCCCUUCAUUUAUUUAAUUUACAUGUUAAAUUGAUUUUCCGCAGAUUUUCAUAUUUGAAAUUUAAGGAAUUGUGAAUUCAGAAGUAGUUAUGCGAAAGCUUGACAAAAUACAUAAUUUCAUUGAUUACAAUGAACGCAAUAUUGACAGUACACGCUUCGUAUUUCGUAUACACAUAUAGCACCGAUAAAUACAUAAAUACACGUAGAAUUAAUAAUAAAUUACCAUCUUACGAUACAUGUAGAGAAGGAGUUUUGUCAGGUAAAUUAUAGAGAGCAGAAAAAACUUGAGAUAUUUACUAAUAAUUAAUAAUGAUAAAAUUCGCCUUGGAGGAAACAGAUGAAAGGUAUUCACUUUUAAGAUAGUCAACAUGCAAAAACGUCAAGGAUUAUAGAAAAUCACAAAAAAUAACAGUGGACAAAUGACACUGACACAAAAGGGAAAGACAGCACAAUGUCAAUAGAGGAACAUUUAACAUUUUUAAAGUCGACGAGAAAAACACCGGUAGACGAUUAUAACAACUUUUAUGAUAUACAUAUUAAGAAUUUCGCCUAUUAACUUUCUCGUUUGUUAAAAUUUGAGUCGUAUAAUUUAUUAAUUAGCUUUGUCAAUUGUCCUACAAGAAGUAUCGUCAUUCGUUUUUAUAGUUUACGAGUGUAGCAAAUAUUCCUACAGAAGUAAAUAAGAGAAACUUAGAACUAUUCACAUAAUUAUUUUUAAAUGUUUAUACUAAUAUGUAUAUUUGUUAGUAAAAUCGGUUCAUUCUGUUACUACUAUUGACUUUUGCUUCAGACACAGAGUACAUACUCUCAUAUUUCUGCAGUGAGAUAGAAGAUUGACAAAAAGAAUGAUUAUUUCAUUCUUUUAAAUAACUUAAACGGAAGCAAAACAUGUUUAAAUUUUAAACUUCUAUAAAGUAAAAUAAAUAAAUUGUUUAAAUAAUCACAUAUUUACAAGUACAAAUAAGAUAGACUAUUUAAUUUUGAAACUAUACGACUCUGCUGACCACUAUAGAAAUUGUUAUUGAAAGAUUUCAGAGGAUAGAUGCAGAUUUUAAAGCAUAAAAUGUUAGUGUCAUUGAUGAGACCGAAUGUAUUUUGUUGUAAGUAAAUCUUCUGUGGUAAAACCUUCGUGCAAGAAAUUUUAGUAAUUUGUCAUACAAUUAAUAUCCUAUAGAAGAAUUUCUAAUUAGAAACAUUAGGAUCUUAGGCAAAAAAUGAUAAUUGAAUAUAGAUAGAUCUCAAUAUGCAACAAGUGUUGACUUUCGUUAAAAUUGUUUAGAUAAAAACACUGUCUCUUUACAUUAAAGUUACUGCGUUGUUAUUAUGUGGACUUUUUCUUAUUAAUAAAUGUUCUUUUUGCUAAUAGGUAUAUUGUGAAGUAUCAUUGGUAGAAGUGAAACUCAUCUGAUAAUUCACCGAAUUUCUAACUUUAUACUUUCUAAUUUAAGAAGUAUUAGGACAAAUACGAGCAAUAAAGAACAGUAUGCCAUUUUUACUGAUGCCCUUGUCAAUAUUCCAAUAUUUAGGAAUUUGUACAAAUGCCAUUCUUUCUCCAAUCUACAAUAUGUGACAUACGAUUCAUUAGUUAGUGCGAUUCUUAUGUUACAAUAAACAUUCCAAUGCCACGCAGCAGCACAAAGAACUUUUAUGAGAAGGUUUUUAUUUAAUUUAUUGGAAAAUUAAAUGGUAACUGAUGUAAUUCGAGAUGUGAAUGAUGUUUGAUAGGUAAUGAAAUAGUGACCAUCUGUGGUUUGCCAAAUGAAAUAGUUCAUGUAUUUAAUUAGACAUGACAAAAUUUAUUGUAUGUAGCUAAACAAACACAAGUGAUGUAUCUAUUAUAUUGGUUAAAUAAGAAGUAUUGGUAUUGUAUAUAGUCAGAUUGAAAAACAAAUAACUCAAUGCAGUGAAUAUUUUUUCAUAUGUAGUAAGACCAAUUGAAUAGGUCCCGUAUUUAAUCAAAUUAAAUAUUUAUUAAUUAAUGAUCCUAAUUUUCUUUCUCCUUCGGCAAUUUCGUCCGUCAUAAGUGUACAGUGAGUCCUUGAGGUUUCCUUCUUUCUGUUCAGAUACAUCAUAUUUAUUCAAUUUAAUUUCCAUUUGAUUUAAUUGACAAAAAAGUUAAAAAUUAAUGAACCGUGUAAGUCGAGAAUUUACUGUAUGUAAAAUUUAAAUAGUUUGCAAUUAUUUACGAUAUUUAUUGUGAAUUUGAUAUUCUAUUUAUAGGAUGACCGGUUAUCGGUGACUUAACUGCGAAGAAGGUGAUUCUUCAUGAAAUGAUAAGUGAAAAGUAUAAAAUAAAAUUUUUGCACAUAAACGUUCGUUUUCCAAAAACACUUUGGAAAUCCAUUAAGUACACAUGUGCUUGACAAAAAUUGCUAUAAAAAAUGUGAUUACAAACCAUGUCUCUCUUGUUUAUGUUGACAAAUAGCAUCAAUGAGAAACUAUCAUAUUAGUAGUGUGCAGAAAGCAGUUACAUGUGCAACAACAUGGGUAACAUUUUUAACAAUUUCUACAACAAUAAUUUUUCAUAAACCUAUCCUAAGUAGGUUUACAACAAGAUUUGCUACAUUAAUUAUCAAUCAGGGACAUGUAUGUUUGAUGGAUUUUUACUUUUUUUUUUAAACGACGGUUCAUUUGCAAAAGUCUUAUUGUGAUCUUUUAACUUAUUUUUUAAUUUUUACUUUCAACUGUCGAGUAGUUCUAAAAGUACUUUCUUUUUUACAACAUGACAGCUUUGGCUAUUUAAAAUUGGCAAAAGCAUAGAAAUUCUCGAGUAGCGUAUCGUAUACAGAUCGUUGCUUAAUUUCAUUAGACAGUAAUUUUGUAUGCUAAAUCUUAUAUUUUGCAAUUAUAUCUCAUAACAAUGAUGAACAGAAAAAUACAAAUAUAGCAGUAGUAUACAAAUAUUAAUAAUGGUGGUUGCACAAAUUAUUACAUAUUUCUGUAUCUAUUUAUUAGACAGUUAAAUGUCAGCAUUAAAAUAAUCAUUUUUGUUAUAUCUGCUCUUCUAUCGACUUGUACAUUUAUUAUAUAAUAUAAUAAUAUAUUUAUUUCUGUAUUUUUAUAUUUGUCAUAUUUCCGACAGUUUUGCAUACAAAUAUAUUCAUCUCUAUUGUUGUUGUUCAUUACUAGAGUUCAGACAAAGUAACAUUAUUUGCAUACUUAAUGCCUCUGAUUUUUUAAAAUAUUUGAAAAGUCUAAUAAAAUUGUGCAUUUGAAAACUUGCAUAUAAUUAUUAAUGUUUUUCUGUAUUUCUUGUAACAUGAACAGUAAUUCAAAGUAACUAUAAAUUACCAAUAAUAUUUCUCUUAACGUACAACUUUAAAACAAUUUUUUCAUAAAUAAAUUGAAAAGGAUUGCAAUGGCAAGAGAAAGUUAUAAAAAUUGUUUGUCAUAUAAUAUUUUGUUGACCUCUUAAUGAAUUAAUUUUCUUUUUCAUCACUUAACGGUUCAUUCUCUUUAAAUAUUAAUUGGCUAAUGCCACUUAUGUCUGGAGGAAUUAGUAUGACUCAUUUUUUACAUUAAUAGUGUAAGAAAAAUGGUUGAAAAAUCAUGAAAUAUUUCACCUGUCAAAUUAUAAAAAUUAUGCAAUGUUAUUGACUCUUUAAAGUUGUGCUAAUUUAAUUGCAAUGUUUACUUUUGUCGCAUUAUUGCUUUUUAAUCUGAGGUAUAAUAAUUACAUUUUGACUUCACUAGUGUUAAAUUAAAAAUUUUUAAAUAUAAAUACUAACUCAUCUAAAUAGAACUUUCGAUCUACUCUUCAUUUUAUUUUUGUAUUUUUUUACGGAAUUGUUAUCGUUUUGUAUUGUAUUUUUUUUCUGCAAUUAACAUACUCCGUGCACCUUGUUAUUUUCUUACUUAUUAAAUAGUCAGCAAAUCCCAAAGUUGUUUUAAAAUCUCAUAUAUUAACUUCAAUAAGGUUAUUUAGUUUAUACAAUGACUAUACGGAUUAAAGAUAUAACUAUGUGGUCUUUAUCCUUAAUUGUUAAUGAGCAUAAGGUGAACAGGUGAUACAUAUCUUAGAAAGUAGAAUAGAUUUCGGCAUAGAUACAAAUAUACGUAUAUAUUUUAUUAUACGUAUUUUAUACGUUGCCCUCCUGUAAAAUAAUACUUACAAUACUGCCAGCGUAAUGAUCACUUGUCAAUAAUUGUGUUUAAGUAGCAAAGAUGUUUGAUUAGUGAUACCAGAAAGCGUAGUGAAACUUUAAAGGAACGUGAAUCAAUUCAUUAUCACGCGAUAGACAGAGGAAAUAAUGACAGAGACAAUGAAGAACAUCCACAAAAAAAAAACAAAAAAAAAACGUAAAAUACUGAUUAAAAAACGUAAAAUAAGAAGUCAUUUAAUGGAAGUCCUAUUCCCUUAAUAAUAAGCCUUCCGAAUUUUGUUUCACUGUUGGUUUUAAUUUACAUAUUUUUCGAAAUAUAUAUGUGUUAUCUAUGUUGUCGAUAUUGCUGUUAGUGUUGUAAUUAAAUCAUUAAUCACAAGUUACACGUUUGUUCUGCUGCUGCGUGUAUUUCUCUUUCUUUUUUUGCACAGGCAGAAACUGCAAUAUUAUCGCGCCCUUACCCUUAGAAUAAGUAAUAAAAUUAUAGUGCUAUGUAUACAUAUAUAUGCAAGAACGCAUUAAAAUAGCCAAUUCUAAUUGAACAACAGGUGGCGGGAGAUUUUGUGUAUUUUGCUUGUUUUUUUGUCUUAUUUUUGUCUCCUUCCCCCUACUUCUAUCUCUUUCUCACGUAUGCAUACGCGUAGACGCAUAUAACGAUACAUUAUCGCACACAUAGCACAUUCGUACACGGACAUACACGCGUAUACGCAUUCGCAAAAAUAAAUCUCUAAAAUAGUUCGUGCGUGUGAAUUUUAUUCUCUCAUUUAUCUUUUCUCCUGCUCGCUUCUUUUCUCUUUUUUUUUUUUUAGUUUAUUUUUACAAUCUUUUUUAAUCUGAAGCUUCUAGCCGUUUAAAAACUACCGAGCCGAUAUAUCAAUAAGUUCGGUCGUUUGAAUCGACGAGAAGACUUCGUUCUUUCGCUUGUUUGUUACGAGAUGAUUGACAGAAGAUUGCCUUUAUUUUAUGGAAAUUAACAUGUAUCAAUAAAGCGAUUAUAACAAAGGUCAUCGGACUGUAACUUUUUGAGACGGACAACUCAAACGUACCAAUUUUGUAGUUCUAACACACUAAUAACAAUUAUAAG